CAAACAUAUUAGCAGGGAGUAGAAUUCUUUUCCUUGAUAUGCAUAAAUUUUACUAAAAAGCUGUAUUGGAUGUUUCUGGUUUCUGUCUAUACUGAAAUUAAAUGUGAAAUAUAUUUUAAGCAUUUACAUUACAUUCAGACAGACAUAUUAUUUUUUAGUAUUUCAGUAUUUUAUUGGAAUUAACAAAUACUGAGAGUCGGAAGUAAAACUGAUUAAAUCAAGUAAAGGUUGCGCUUAAUUUCUUAUCAAUUGUGUUCCGACAUGGAAGGCAAACAUCUGUGAGAUGCCACUUGGAAAUUUAAGUCUCGUGAUAUUUCUCUGACAGAAAAUUGAUCAACAUGUCCAUUAUCAUGACAAAUGCUUGUCUGAAACUCACUUUAUGGCUUUCCCCACGAAUUGUAUGAAUUGUGUGUUCUGUUAUUGUAGGGAAAUGAUCGCAAGGCUUUUACUGAAAAUAACAAAUAAGUAGGUGAUUGAUAUGUUAUACAUUACCUACACAAGUUAGAUCUGACUAAAUUAGACCAGUACGUAAUGUGAUAGCCUAGUAACAUUACAUGAGGAUUGGUGAAUCGGAAAUAACUAUCUUGCCGUAGGAAAAUUGUCGCUGGCUUUUUAAUAAAUAUAAGAAAUGUGUACGUGCAUUACAGAACUUAGAAAACACAAAAUUAAUUAGAGAGGACUAAAAAAAUCAAUACUUCCUGUGACAGCACUGCAACAUUGCAUGUAGACUUGUAUGCUGGAUUGGAGAAAAACUAAUCAAAGCCAAUUAGACCGUUAUAGAGCUGUAUUAUUAUUUGGUGAUAUAUGUGAGCUUGUGAAAAUGGAAAGUAACAUGCCUAGUCAAAGAACUGUUGUAAUUGCAGUGGAUGACAGUGAGCAUUCAGAAUCCGCCUUUGAUUUUUUCCUGGACAAUGUAUAUAAAGAAGGUGAUCGUAUCGUGCUCGUCCAUGUUCCAGAGUACGGGGAUCUGCUCACUACACCCUCUUUAUUAACGGACCCAAACAUCGUUUACGGUCUGCUGAAGGAGUCGGAGGAGAAGACACAGGAGCUGGUAGAGAAAUACUCGGUAAAGAUGAAAGGGCGGCAAGUAAGUAUCUCGUGCAAUGUAACUAUGGUAAUAUUUCAUACACUGAUAUUAUAUUACAUACAUGUGUUGGGUAGAGUGGGAGUUGAUAAUUAUAUCGCCGUAGCAUUAUGUGAUUACUUUAAGAUUUUCAGAUCAUUUUUCUUGUUAAACAAUAAAGCAUUUUUGUUGGCGACUAGGAAACCUUUCAUCUUUUGUGACGAAAUCAAGUGUAUUGUGCUUUUGUAGCAAAGUUCCUCAUAUUACUAGAUACGUAUGCUGUCGUAUUAGUGUAUCUUCUCUGCAUUAAACAUUAAAUUUUAAAGUUCCAUAAGGCGUUUAAUUUUAUA